UUUUCACGGUAUAUAAAUAUCAUUUAGGAUUUAACUCUUGUAACUUGUGUUCGACCAUUAUUAGCAUCAAUAAACAUUUAAAACAUUCGAAUUGGCAACACACAACAAACAACAAUAAACCUGAAUGAUGAUGAAAACUUUAAAAUUUUUAUUCAUAAUCGGCUGUAGCAUUACAUUAUUCGUCAUCAUCGAUCAUGCAGCAGCAGCACGUUCAACAAAACGUGCUAAACGUGAUCCAUGUGGUCAAAAUGAAUUGAAUCAAAUGGAUAAAUUAAUAUCCAAUAUAUUACCGUUUAAUAAUCCAAAAGUGCUACCACCUGAAACUAUUGAAGGUAUUCCACAAUUUUGUCUCCAUUAUGGUGAUGUUCUGACCAAAAUCGAAUCAUUGAACAAACGAUGUAUGAAAGAAACACAACGUAAUGUUAUUGCCGUGAUGAUCUAUAAUAUUAAACAAUCAACACGUGGUAUUUGUUCGAAAAAGGCAAUUCAAUCGAAAAAAUUGACACCGGCUAAAAAGAAUUUUCUACAAAUGAAUCGUUGCAUAAAUGGUGGAUCACAACAGCUGAAAAAAUGUUCAGAAACAGCAGCCGGUUAUUUGACAGCCAUUGAAAAGGUUUCAAAAACACAACGUAUUCCAAUGUUAUGCUGCGAAAUGAUCAAAGCACGUGAAUGUUUUCACAAUGCAAUUCGAUCGGCACCAAAUUGUAAUACAGCCGAAUUUGAUAAAACAUUGGCCGAAAUAGUAAAAUCUGUAAGCAAUGGUGGUGAUAGUCAACUACGUUCAAUUUGUGGUGAUUAUACAACAAAACAACGAUGUUCAAAAGUAAAACUUCCUAAACGGCAAACACCAAAAGAUCAAAAAUCAUUCAUACAAACAGCAUUACAUUUAUUGGAAGAUUUGUAAUUAAAAAAAAAAAAAAACGGAAAAUGGAAAAUUCAAAAACAGAAAGAUGAAAAAAUUUUUUUAUAAUCAUUAAUUAUAUAUUUAACAAACAAAGAAUUAUGAUUAAAAUUAAACACACAUGAAUAAUGUGAAGAAUUUAAACAACAACAACAAAAAAAAAAAAUAAAAAUAUUCUGAUGAACAAAACAAAACAAUGAAGAGAGAGAGAGAGAGAAUCACAAAUCAUCAUAAUGCCGUAUUCGAUUAAAAUAACCAAAAUCUGAUUCAUCAUACCAGUAUCCAUAGAUCCAAAAAAUCAGAUAUGUUAUUGUUGUUGCCAAUAAAAAUAAUGAUAUAAAAAGAAAAA